AUACACACUCAUACUUGUCUGAAUUUUUUGUAAUUUAUUCUAAUAAUACAAUAAGCUAAACGUUAAGCACUUUAAUACUGUCAACAACUGAUUAGUCAUGGAUGACACAUUAUCAACGGUAGAAGGGGGGAUGGCGGAAACGUCCUCCUGGAGCACCACGAUCGCCACCACCACCACCACAGAGGCUGCCAAGGCGGGUAGCAUGGCUCUCGGUAUCAUUGUCCUGAUCGUUGUUAUGGUGCUCCUCUGCUGCCUGCUCAUCAUCUGUCUGCCGCUCCUGUGCCUGUGCGGCUGCUGUGUACUCCCCUGCUCCGCGUGCCUCGCCUGCGACGAAGGAUGUUGUGGUGAUGAUGGUGAAGGCGGCGGGGGUGGAUGUUGCGAUUGUGGCGACGGCUGCGGGGACUGCAGCUUGGACGAUGAUUAAUUGAAGUUUCUAUUAAUAUGUUCGUAGUGCUAGGAUAUGCGAUUUAAAAUCCUAUAAAUUGAAUGUGCCCAGAUACAGAUUCACUAGGAGCAUCCAUAUGCUCAUUGGAAAAAUUUUAGUCUAU